AUGGAUAAUGGUCCCUCUGACCUUUGCAAUUCUCUGCAGAUGAGAAGGGGGGAGACAGAGAGAGAGAGAGAGAGAGAGAUUAGGCAUUUCUUCAUAUUCUGUAGUCACUCCAGUUCUGCUUGUAGGAACAGAUGCCUCUUUCCUGGGGCGAUAGCAUUCAAGUCCACAAGGAAAUUUUCUUACCAGCAGCUCUUCAAACAUAGAAGGGAGAUCGGGCCAGAGAUUGCUGGAAAGCCAAUGACCAUGCCAACCUCUUCCACCCAAGUGUCAGCUCUUGACCAUACCAACUCUACCCGGCAACCCAACUCCAGCAUCUACAUGUUCUCCAAGUUCAUCCACCUUGACAAAGAAUUGUACGAACAAUUUUACAGCCUAUGGAUUGCCCUGAUAGUUGUCAAUGCCAUUAUCUUCCUGGUGGGUGUUGUGCUGAACAGCUUGGCAUUGUAUGUAUUCUGCUUCCGUACUAAGACAAAAACCACCUCUGUUAUUUACACCAUCAACUUGAUUGUUACCGAUCUCUUGGUAGGCUUCUCCUUACCUGUACGGAUCAUCAUGUUCUAUACUGCAGAGGACUGCCUGAAUUGCUCCUUUGUUCAUAUCUUUGGCUACUUUGUCAACAUGUACUGUAGCAUCCUCUUCUUGACAUGCAUCUGUGUUGACCGCUACCUGGCUAUCGUACAGGUGCAAGCCUCACGAAAAUGGAGGAAUCCCACCUGUGCCAAGGGGAUCUGUGUCUUCAUUUGGAUCUUUGCAACUGUAGUGACUUUCUCCAUCCUCAUCAUGGCAAUACAGUUUGCCCAGUGCUGCAUCUCUGAGAUUCUGGUCCUGAUGGUCUGCGAGUACUUCUUCCCCCUCAUCAUAAUCAUCUUCUUCACCACCAGGAUUAUGUGUGCUCUGUCCAAGCCCAGCCUCAUGCACCAGAGUCGGGAGAGGAGAAUGAAGGCUGUGCAACUCCUUAUCACCGUCCUCAUCAUCUUCAUGAUCUGCUUCACUCCUUUCCAUGUGCGACAGGUGGUGAUCUCCAUCAACCCAGACAUGCCUCACAAUGUCAGCCUUCUUGUCUACCACGUGACAGUGACUCUGAGUAGUCUCAACAGCUGCAUGGACCCUAUUGUCUACUGCUUUGUCACCAACAACUUCCAGUCAACCAUGAAAAAUAUCUUCAGGAAAACUGAACCGGAGCAAACCACUGUGGACAUCCUGGGUAUGAACAAGAACACCAAGGGUUCCAAUGCAAUCAUCACCUUCUCAAACACAAUAGGAAGCCCUGUGAGCUUGCCGUCUCCAAGCAGUGUCCAGAUCUAACCCAGUUCAGAUGGGAGGUGCUGCAGUAAACCAGUGUAAUGAUGCUGGAACCCCGGUAGGGUGCAUGGUACCAUUGUCUGACAUCUUUGUUCUUUAGGGAGACUUUCAGAAUGACAGUGGUGGAAUUUAUUCCUCAAAAACAUUGUGAUCUGUUCGGAAAAUUGAACUUGCAGUGCUUUUAGUACCAAUACAAAAGAGAGUUUAUUAAUUACUGUUCCCCACAGGAAUGUUUUCCUUGUAUUUUAAUACAGACAUUUUGCUAACAACAAAUUCCAUAUUGUGGUUUUCUUUUCCUCUUUGACAUUGCAAUGCAAAACUACUAUGAUGACUUAGAAAGCAGUAAAUCCCUCUGUUUUCUAUGAAAGCUAUCAGACCUUGGAUGAGUACUUAACAGUAAAGGAUAAGAGUCACGUUUCCAGGGAUACCCACGACAGAGACUUUAGAUGCCAAAAGGAUGAGACAGAAAGUAUUGUAACACACACGUAUCACCAGCAUCCACUCUGUUGUUUCUGAAAAGGUUGGAACUUUUUCAGGGUAGAGAUUGUGAAGUCAAGCAGUACUAUCUCCUCUACCUAUUUAAGCAUAAGAGAAAAAAUAUUUGUGGGUAUGUAUGUUUUCAUACACAUUGUCUGGGUUUGGGGAAAGAUUAAAGAUAUGUUCCACCAUAAUUUGGAUCACUAAAUCCCCUGAACUGCAGAUGAGCAUACAAAGAGCUGUGAAAAUGAAUGUGCUUUCCAGCAAACUCUGCUGUUCUGCUCUCUCUCCCUGAAAAACAGCCAAGAUGAAAAGCAGAACCAGACUAUAAUGCUAUACUAUCCUUGUCUGAGUUUUCUUCCUGUCACAUUGCGAAAUCAAGGCUUUCAGUCCUAAUUCCCACCAUCAGUUCAUGCACUCAGUCAUUCAAAUGCUGAUGUUUCCAGGGACAGAAAAACAAUCUAUCUCAAGCAUCGAAGUCAAAAUUCACCCCAGUACAAAGUCCCUAGAAUGAUUUAAGAACUAUGUUUGGAAGACAUGUAAGGAUAAUGAUGCCAGGAAAGUCUGUCCACAACAGUGGGUACAUGUCCUAGUUUGGACUGCAACAAUUAAGCGAUGCAAAAAUAAAAAAAAUCAUUGAAGAAAAAGUGCAUAACAUGCAGCACGAAUGGCAGUAACAGUUGUUACUGCUCCAUUUCUCCUCAUCCAUUAUCAUUCAGCACAGUAGGCUUUGUUGGUCUAAGCUGGGCUGAAAUAUCCAACUUCUCCCAGGUCCAACUAUGGGACAGCCACCUUCACUUCAUGGGAUCAAAACACAACCAAUGCUUAAAAAUGUUUCCUGUGACUACGUAUAUGUUUCCCUUACUCUCUUUCCUUUACCACACAAAAGUAAUGAACAGUCAACACUACUGCAAUACAGGGAUCUGUCCAGAGAUGAGCAUAGGUGUCUGUAGGACCACUGUGUGUCCCAGGCAGUGGAAUUCAUGGAGAGUGAUCUAGGUCAUGGAAGCAGAGACCUCCUCAUUGCCUACAUCUCCAGGGAUACAACAGGAGUCCAGACACUGCCUACACAUGAAACACUUUCAUGCAUGUGUCUUAAUUGUCUAUCAGAGUCCCUAGAGAAGGAUUUAGCUGCCACUAGACCAGUGCCUAGUGUUGUGGUAGGCAUGAUAGCAUGUCCUCACCACAGACCAUGCUACACAAGGCUGUGGUUCUCCCACAAGUCGUGCACUGUGCCAAUAGCCUCAAGUAUCCCAGAGCAUUCCCAGCCACAGACACUUCUGCUUGAAUAGCUGAGACCUGUGUCAGAAAUAAAAGUAUGCAUCUAUAAUCUACAAAUGGGCAGUGUUCAGUCAGCUGCAGGUCUCCCCUCGAAGACUAGCAUGACACUGACAGUUGCAACUGGACCAUUAACUCAGGCUC